GGCUCACGAGGAAAACGAAGAGCUUGGUGCUCUUGGGUUCCAGAUGUCCGACUUGGAGCACCAUUUCCAGCCCGAGCAUGGCCGAAUCCUCCUCUCGGCGUCUCUCACCACGCGAACCCACUGCACAGGAUUGAAGGAGGGCCAGCGAAUCCAGAUCUACCUCACACUCACUCACAUCGCGCUGGGUGAGCGGUCGGGAGACUUAGAUACCACCGCCCGCUUCUCCAUCGAGAACUAUAUCCGUCCUCCCACGCGCACUCACGACGCAGCUUCCCCUUCCGCUUUACCUGCCGCCGACCACCACGAGCGCCUCAGAGACGAGCUGGAAGCACCCUGUGCCGACGACAGCCAGGAGACCCGCAUCGAAGAGUUCAGCUCGAGGUCGAGCUCGCAGCGUACGCUCGCUGAGGCGACCUUCAUUGUCCACGACGACGCAGAUUGGACGACGAGUACCUUCGGUCUCAGGCGGUUGUGGCUCAGGCUGCAGCGACCGGGGCCGAGCUCAGCCUCCGAUACAACGGCUCCUGUGCUGGAGCUCUCCGCAAAGCUCUCCGAGCGAUUCCUAUAUCACAGGCGGUCAUGACGGGGUGAGCGCAUCGUAGGGAGCUAUACCAUAUCGACC